GCUCCCCCAAGCUCCGCAAUCUGCCGCCCCCCAUUGGCUCCCAGCAGCGCGACGCCACAUCUCCCAUCCCUCCCAGGUACCUACGAAAGUACGGAGUACCUACAUACCAUUCUGUAGGUAUCAACGUGCUUUGUGUUACUGCCGCACUACUUGGUUCGAACCUCAGCAUCGUACUACUCUAUCUUGGGCGCUGUGCCUCAUACCUACAUCACUUGUGUAUCUACCCGCGUUACCCUGUUCUCCCUCCUUGUGUGCCCGCGCACAGGCGCUUUCUUUUGUCUUGCCGGAGUGAACGCCGGCCGGCGUGUGCGCUUGUCUUGACGUCUCAACGGCGGGCGUCAUUGCCUCAUCGGCCGUUUUGCCGCCUGUAUACUGUACGCCGCCACCACCACCACCAACACGCAGCAGACUAGCACGCAUUCAAACACGCACGCGCUCGCUCACACCGACCCAGGACUCACCGCGACCCUCACCGGUCCCCUCACCGAGCGGCCAACCAAUCACACGCCCGGCGUAAGGGCCGCCGGCCAAUUCCCACCUCACGUGACCUGGCCGCCAAAGCUCAGGCUCAGCUCUCGCAGCCGACAGAGAGAGAGAGAGAGAAAAGAAACGGGAGGAGGUGCUCUGGGCCAGCCAGCCAGCAGCAGCAGAAUCGAAACGCCCGCUAAAUUAAACUACAAGCUCGCUCGCAGUCCCGUUUCUCCGCUUGCCCGCCCGCCCGCCCGCCUCAGCAGCGCCAAAACAGCCCCAAAAGGUAGGCAGGAAAAAAAAGGAACCUGAUAAGGUACCUGGUACUUGGCUGCUCCAGCUGCGCCCGCCGUUGUACCGCUUGCGGGCACACCUGCGUCACCUCGACGUUCGUUCGGCCGCCAACGAUUCGCAUCGACAGCCACACAACACAACACCAAGCACCGCAUCAGCACACGCAUCGCGAACUCGCGUCGCGCGCAUCCUCCUUUGCACCCUCUUGGACUCCCUCCAAGCUCGCUCUCUCGCUCGCGUCUCUUUGCUAGACCAGCGCGCGCGCGCCCUUCCUCCCCAUUGCGAAGAGACGGGCCCCGACCCUUGGGCUGCUUGCUUGCUUCGCGCAGCGGCAUCACCAUCACCACCAACUGCGACACGCAAAAAGAGGGCGCGGCCUCCCCUCGCCACGCGGUGUUUGCAGCAGCGCUCUAGUACACGGCUCAAUCAAUCCUGUCCGCCCGCCCGCAGCAUCCGACGCGAGGCGGAAGGCCAUGGGCUUGGCUAGAGCUGCCCUCCCGCGAAGGACCGCAGAGACUGGGGACGGCUGCUUCUAGCGCAGCUCGUUCAAGAGGGCAGUAAACCACCUCCCUCCGGCGACAUGUACGACAAGGUCGUGUCGCUGGGCUCCCGCCUGCACUACCCCAUCACCAUCACCAAGCUGCUCAAGUCGCCCGGCGACAACAUCAAGAAGCAGGACAACAUCAUCGAGUACAAGUUCACGUGGCGGCGCCGCGUCGGCGACGACGAGUGGACCGAUGAGACGACGUACACCGAGUUCGAUAGCCCCGCCGAGGGCCGCCUCAAGGACUGGCGCAUCCGCGAGGGCCAGGUCAUCGGCGCCGACAUGCCCUGCAUGACCGUCGAGGAGGCCUGCGGCCACGAGGUCCAGAUCCAGGGCCUCUGCAGCCUCUGCGGCGCCGACAUGACCGAGGUCAACUGGGCCAGCGAGGAAAAGGACACGGACCGCGCCAUGAUCAACAUGACGCACGACCAGACGGGCCUCAUGGUCAGCGAGUCCGUCGCCACAAAGGCCGAGCACGAUGCCCAGCGCCGCCUGUUGCGCCAGCGCAAGCUCAGCCUCGUCGUCGACCUCGACCAGACCAUCAUCCACGCCUGCAUCGAGCCCACCGUCGGCGAGUGGCAGCGCGACCCCACCAACCCCAACCACGAGGCCGUCCGCGACGUCGAGAGCUUCCAGCUCAACGACGACGGGCCCCGCGGCCUCGCCAGCGGCUGCACCUACUACAUCAAGCUGCGUCCGGGCCUUCGCGCCUUUCUCGAGGAGGUGUCCAAGAUGUACGAGCUGCACGUCUACACCAUGGGCACCCGCGCCUACGCCCUCAACAUUGCCCGCAUCGUCGACCCGGACCGCCGCCUCUUCGGCAACCGCGUCAUUAGCCGUGACGAGAACGGCAGCAUCACCUCCAAGAGCCUGCAGCGCCUCUUCCCCGUCAGCACCAACAUGGUCGUCAUCAUCGACGACCGCGCCGACGUCUGGCCCCGCAACCGCCCCAACCUCAUCAAGGUCGUCCCCUACGACUUUUUCAAGGGCAUUGGCGACAUCAAUUCGAGCUUCCUGCCCAAGCGCACCGAUAUUUUGCCCGCCCCUUCACCAGCGACGGCGCCAGCGCAGCAGCAGGAGCAACAACAGCAGCAGCAGGCACAGUCAAACGGCUCAGCGGAGACGCCCACGACCGAGGCGGCUGUGGCUGCGGCUCCCCAGGGUGCCAAGGCGUCGCCGCUCGAGGACCUGGCCCGCAUGAGCGGCGCCGACGACGAGGCUCAGCUUAAGUUGCAGGCCGAGGAGCAGGAAAAGUCGCUCGAGAAGCAGCUGACGGACCGGCCGCUGCUGCACAUGCAGGAGGAGCUGGACAAGGAGGACGAGGCGUCGCAGGACGGCGAGGCGGGCGACGCGACCGCCACGCACCAUCGCCAGCACCUGCUCAACGACGACGACGAGGAGCUCAUAGCGCUGCAGGACCACCUGACGGACCUGCACUCGUCCUUUUAUGAGACGUACGACCGGAGGCGCGAGGAACGCAAGCAGUCGGAGCCGACACACCCGCCGGGGCAUAACAAGCGCCGCAAGGCGUCGGUCGAUGACGGCGUCGACCUGUCCAUGGUGCCCGACAUUGGCGACAUCCUGGAUGAGCUCAAGUCCAACGUGCUCUCGGGCCUGGUCAUAGUGCUGUCGGGCCUGGUGCCGCUGGGCGUCAACGUCGAGGAUUCGGAGAUUGGCAUGCAGGCACAGAGCUUCGGUGCCCAGGUCCUCGACAGCGUGUCACGACGCGUGACCCAUCUGGUUGUCUCCACGUCGCGGCCGCGCACUCGAAAGGUGCAGCAGGCGGCGAGGAUCGCCAGCAUCAAGAUUGUCAACCAGAACUGGUUGACGGACUGCCUGAGCCAGUGGCGCCGGCUCGACGAGAGCCCGUACUACAUGGAUAUUCCAGAUUCAGACCGCGCAGCCGGAGGCGGCGGCGAAGACGACACGACCGAGGCCACGUCAGAAGCCGAAAACGACGAGGCGGCCGAGGCCCGGGACCUCAAGGACUUUGACUGGGCCACGGCGGACAAGGACCUGGAGGAAUUUCUCGACGAAGACGACGACGGGGACGAAGACGAUGACGACGAAGAUGAGGGGAAUGAGGACGGCGAGACGGAGGACGGGUCCGAGAGCGGGGCCGACGCCGAGGAGGGUAACGAGACAGACCACUCCCGGAGGCCCGGCAAGAAGCGCAAGAAGGGGGCCGAUGGGGAGGAGUCGGACGGGGAUGGCCCCUCAAACGUCGCCGGGGAGAGCGUGCUGGCCAAGAAGCAGCGUCUGUCGCGCAGCCGCGGCACGUCGGCGCUGCGGUCAGUACGGACGCCCAACGGCGGCGACGCCGACGGGGACAGCAGCCUGCCGACGCCGGUGCCGACGGGCGACGAUGGGGCGUCGCAGGGGACCACCACCAGCAACGGCAACGGCAACGGCAACAGCAACAAGAACUGGGACGACGGGGCCGACUUUGACGAGGACGCGCUGGAGCGGGAGCUGCUGGCGGAGCUGGAGGCGGCCGAGACGUGACAUGAGUGACAGCGUGCGCGCGCGCGCGCGUUGUGCUCUGCGAGUGUAGACGGCAAGCAAGCCAAGCCUGGGCUGGGCGCUCGGCGCUUUCCUGGGUGUGUUGAUGAUGAUGUGUGCCAAGUGUGCAUUUAUGUGCUCACUUGCUUGCUUGCUUGCAUGCAUGCGACGGGCAGCAUGGCGACUGGUGUUGAUGGUGGUGAUGGCCCGCCCCCCCUCCUUCCCCGUCCCGUCCCCUGUGUCAGUCAUUCGCGGUUGCCUUACCGAAUAAACCUCUCUCUCACCUCCCCAAGCGCGCGCGUCCCCUGGCACUGGUUGAUACACGUUGAAAGCAAAGGGAAAGACGCACAUUGGGUGACAUACGGGGAAGAGGCAGGGAUGGAGGCUGAUGAUGAGCACUAGGGGCGAGGGGAAGAGAGGCGCGCGCUGUGGGGAGUGAGUGCCUUUUGCUUGGGAUCGGGACCAGGGACUGGGGAUUUGGGGACUGAGGGUGACGGAAGGACUGGACAUGCGUCGGGGGGUCGGGGGUCUUCUUCUUUCUACUAUAUCAUCCAUCUGCCUGUCUUGUGUUUGGUUUUUAUACGGAGUAAAUGUAUACCCCUCUACCAUUUUCGCUCUUGAAAUCAUGUCGUCG